AUGGCGGAAGAGGCGGCGGCUCCUCGCCGAGGAGACCUGAAAAUGCGGCUCUUGAGCCUGCUGGACGCGCGGGUGGAGCUGAGCACGGUGUCGAGCCCAAUGAUGACGGGCCUGUACCAGUUCGCGAUGGGCACGUGCAUCGCCAUCGUCAUCGGACUGGCCCAGGCGGUUUCAUCAUGUGGGUGGGGCGCGACGGAAGCGGGCGACGACGACCGCGACUUCGACUGCAGGCUCCACGCGCCCACACUGACCGCGAUGGCGAUCGCCGCGGUCUUCCACGUCGCCCUCGGCGUCUGCGCGUGGGUGCCAGCCCUCCUCAAGUGGACCUGGGGGGCCCGGGGCCGGUACGUCCUGACCGGGGUCGUCGUGGACGCGGUCGGGUGCCUCAUGCUCCGGCUGUACCUGGUCGAGCACGGCUGGACGCUCGCCACCUCCAUUAGCGCCGUCCAAGGGGCCGGCGCUGCUCUGGUGAGUGAGUCGGGACUGCAGUUCUCGCGGACCAUCAGCCCGGUGAACCUCAUCUGGAUCGCCCGCAUCACGCCCACGGUCACCCCCUUCAUCAUUCUGGCUGGCGAGGCCGGACUCGGCCGCGCGACGGGCGACCACGCAGCGAUCUCCGUCGCCUGCGCAGCCAUGGCCGCGGUGUGCUACAUGUCGGUCAUCGGCCUGGUGUUUCCUUACAACCUGGCCGGGCGCGACCUGCAGCGCGACCAGACGUCGGCGGAGGACGAGGGCGGCAGCGGGCGGGCGCAGGAGAUCAGUGGCGGCCUGUGGACGUUCUUCAAGGCCGACCCGAUGCUGCGGGAGGCUGUGCCGCUCACGCCACCUCUGAUGGUCAUCACCGUUGCCGCGUCGUGGCUCGCCGUCGCGAUCGCGUUGAUAGGGUCGACGGUGCUGACGUUUUUGGACCUCAAGGCCCCGCUGCCGGCGGGGCUGGUGCUCCUGGUCGCGGCGAACGUCGGGUCCACGCUCCAGGCGCUCGGGCACGUCCCCACGCGGUCGCGCGACCUAGUCAUCCAGAACAUGGUCCCGGCAGAUAUCGCAGAGGCUCUCAUUUCGAAACAGCGCGACAUGGCGAUGAAGGGGCACCCGAUGAAGUACCGCAGCCGGUCGCACAUCGGCCUGAACGUCGACGCCCGCAACCACGUGUCGUCCGUGUCGUUCAACCUCGAGCUCAGCCACCUGGGCGUGGCCCAGGCGUCGACCACGGGCGAGACCAACAGCGGCGAGCUGCCCGCGCCGCGCACGGUCCAGGCCGGCUCCGGGUCGAACCCGGGCAACAUCAGCGAGAACGGGAAGUCGGCGGCGGGGGGGUCGCGCAUCGCGGAGGACAGCGGGCAUGGCAGCGCGGAGGCGCACGCGGAACGCUUCUUCCUGCGCUCGGACAAGGAGGUGGCGUGCCUGUCGCCGCCGCGGCAGCUCGCCGCGCCGGGGCAGGACGGGCCGCUCGGCUUCCGGAUGCACGAGGAGGUCACGGUGAUCAUGAGCGACGUCGUGGGGUACACGACGAUGUCGUCCAACGUGCCUCCGAAGGAGCUGAUGAAGACGAUGCACUCGUUCUUCACGCGGCUCGAUAGGCUGUCGGACGUGCUGCGGCUGUACAAGUACGAGACCGUCGGCGACGCGUACGUGGCGAUCGCCAACAUCCAGGACCACGACAGGUACCACGCACUGACGGCGCUGAAGUUCGCGGAGGGCAUCGUGAAGAUCGCGCAGAGCACGCCGUCGCCGGCGGACCCGAGCAAGUCGCUCGAGGUGCGCGUGGGCGUGCACACGGGCCCGCUCGCGGGGGGCGUCCUCGGGCGCCUGCGUACGGUGCUGACGCUGGUGGGCGACACGCUCAACACGGCGAGCCGCAUGGAGAGCAACUCGGAGCCGAACGCAGUGCGCAUCACGUCGGCGACGUACAACAAGAUCCCCGUGCACCAGCGCGACUACUUCCAGCACGAACGCAUCGCCGUGAAGGGCAAGGGAGAGAUGGACACCUACUUGUGGCGCGUGCCGACGAUCGCGGCGUCGCUGCCCUCGGGAUCCUCGCACUUGCGCGCGGGCCGGCAGACCGGCACCCGGCACUACAUCCACACGGGUGAGACGUCGUCCCCCGCGAUCGAGUACGAGGAGACGCGAGGAGGCCCGAGGCGCGGCGUCGCCGCGACGUCCAUCUCGCGUCCGUCCCCGAUGCCGCGCGGCACACCCUCUGGCCAGCCCGCGAGAAGCCCUUCGACGCUGCCGCUGCGCACCGUGGUCAGCGACGUCAAGAUGGAAGACGAGCAGCUGCGCCGGGGCCCCCGGGCGUAG